GUGGCGGCCGAUGGCGGGGCCCCGGGGCGAGCUGGAGCCUCUUUUGGGCGGCCGCGGCCACGGAGGGCAGGGCGACCCGGUGGGCCCGGGUGCCGGGGCCGGGCAGGACCUGCGCAUCCACCAGGCUGUGGUCUUCAUUGAAGACGCUGUCGAGUACCGCUCCAUCUACCACCGAAUGGACUCCGGCUCGCUGUGGCUCUACCGGUGCUAUUACUCCAACUGGAGCCAGCGGGCCCUGAGCUUCGCCAUUUUCCUGAUCCUGGCCUUGGCGUUCAUCGAGGCCCCUUCCUCCCUCACCUGGACGGCCGACGUGCGCUACCGCCCGCGGCCCUGGGCCCCGCCCUGCGGCCUGACCGAGGGCGUCGAGGCGCUCUGCCUGCUGCUCUUCGUGGCCGACGUCUCCGUGAAGGGCUACCUGGUGGGGUGGGCCCAAUUCCAGAAGAAUCCGUGGCUGCUGGCCUACCUGGUGGUGCUGGCUGUGUCCCUGGUGGACUGGACCGUGUCCCUGAGCCUUGCUUGUCAGGAGUCCCUGCGCGUCCGCCGGCUGCUCCGCCCCUUCUUCCUGCUGCAGAACUCCUCCAUGAUGAAGAAGACCCUGAAGUGCAUCCGGUGGUCGCUGCCCGAGAUGGCCAGUGUCGGGCUGCUGCUGACCAUCCACCUGGGCCUCUUCACCGUGCUGGGAAUGCUGCUCUUCACCAUGGGCGAGAAGGAUGGAAAGCAGGACAAGGAGAGACUGGCCUACUUCCGGAGCCUUCCAGAAGCACUGACGUCCCUCCUGGUGCUGCUGACCACUGCCAACAACCCCGACGUGAUGACGCCUGCGUAUUCCAAGAACCGGGCCUAUGCCAUCUUCUUCAUCGUCUUCACGCUCAUAGGGAGCCUGUUUCUCAUGAACCUGCUGACCGCCAUCAUCUACAAUCAGUUCCGGGGCUACCUGAUGAAGUCGCUGCAGACGUCGCUGCUCCGCCGCAGGCUGGGGACCCUGGCUGCCUUCCAAGUCCUGUCCUCCGUGGCGGGGGGCACCGGAGCCGCCCCCGCGGCAAUUGGGGUGCAGCCCCAGGAUGUGCUGCAGGUGCUUCAGAAAGCCCGGCUGGGCGGCUCCCACAAGCAGGUCCUCAUGGAGAAGGUGCGCUCCCACGACGGGGACCUGCUGCUGGCCCACGACUUCCAGAAGCUCUUUGAUGAGGUUGACAAAAGUGUGAUCAAAGAGCACCCGCCCAGGCCGCAGUACCGCACGCCGCUCCUGCGCACGGCCCAGGUCCUCUUCAGCCACCGCUACUUCGACUACGUGGGGAACCUCGUGGCCCUGGGAAACCUUGUGUCCAUCGGUGUGUUCCUGGUGCUGGACGAGGAUCUGCAGCCCGGGGCGCGCAAUGACUUCAUCCUGGGGGUGCUCAACUAUGUCUUCCUCCUGUACUACGUGCUGGAGCUGCUGCUCAAGGUCUUCGCCCUGGGCCCCUACGGCUACCUCUCCUACCCCAGCAACGUGUUCGACGGCGUCCUCACCCUCCUCUUGCUGGUUCUGGAGCUCUCCGCCCUGGCCGCGUCCCCGCUCCCCCAGGCCGGCCGGACGCCGGGGGCGCUGGGCCUGCUGUCGCUGUGGGACGUGACACGGCUGGUGAACAUGCUCAUCGUGCUGCGCUUCCUCCGCGUCAUCCCCAGGAUGAAGCCUGUGGCAGUGGUGGCCAGCACCAUCCUCGGCCUGGUGCAGAACUUGCGGGCGUUUGGUGGGGUCCUGGUGGUGGUAUACUACGUAUUCGCCAUCAUCGGGAUCAGCCUGUUUCGGGGUGCCGUGGUGGCUCCUGGGAACAGCAGCCUGGCCCCUGCCAACGUCUCGGCGCCCUGUGGAAGCUUCGAGCAGCUGGAGUACUGGGCCAACAACUUCGACGACUUUGCUGCAGCGCUGAUCACGCUGUGGAACGUGAUGGUCGUGAACAACUGGCAGGUGUUCCUGGACGCCUAUCGCCGCUACGCGGGCCCGUGGUCGAAGGUCUACUUCGUUCUGUGGUGGCUGGUGUCCUCCGUCAUCUGGGUCAACCUGUUCCUGGCCCUGCUUCUCGAGAACUUCCUUCACAAGUGGGACCCUCGCAGUCACCAGCGGCCCCCGGCCGGGACGCAGGAGGCCCCGCACCAGAGGCCCGUGGAGGAGCUCCUGUUCAGGGACGUGCUGGAGGAGCCCCGGGAGGAGGAGCUGCUGGAGCGGCUGCGGCAGCAUCCGCACCUGCGUCUGCCCAGGUGACAGCCGGGGCGCCGGGAGGAGAUGCCCGCCCAGGACGCACGCCAGCCGUGGAGGAAGA